UAGAUUGCAACUCUUAUAUUAGGUACUCAGGUACGAGGUAGUAAUAGUAAACAAUGCGGCCUAAGUUACGGAUCGCUUCAUGCCGUGCCACCAUCCCCCCCGGCCUCGAUCUUGCCCCAUUGGCCAGAGUGAGAGGCGCGUCACCUACCUAAAACGGAAAUCCAUAAGUGAAUGGAGACUCAUGCGCGGCGCGGGGGAAAUUACGUAUAAGUUGGUACCUGUCUGCGCGUCCGAGUCUUUGUUACGUUUGUUUACUGUCUUAUCUUCGUACGCCUCUCAAGCGGAUGAGAUAGUAGGCAGUAGAGAAUCAUCAGUUCGUAAUCGACAGCCAUGAAGUCCUCCGCUGUCUGCGCCUUGGCCUCUGCUUCUCUGGCAAGCUGUUCUAGGAUAGGUUACAGAGACACGAACACAACCACUUCGGCAGCGCCAACGGCCACGGCGAGUCCUACCGAACCGUGCGCCAUUGUAAGCGCCUCAUGGGCCGCACAGAUUAGCGCCACUCCGACACCCACCGUGGAGGCGUCAAUCGCGUACGAAUGUCUCAAUUCCGUCCCAAUUAACAAGGAGGCCGCUCUCAAGUUCAUCAACGAGCUAGAGCCGUAUGUCGAGUGGCAGUCUGACACCGCCUUCAAGAAAAAUCCGCCAGCCGAUUAUUCUUAUCCUCCCACAGAUCUUUGGGCGACGAUAGCCGACGUCAAGGCUGGUAUAGCCGCGGACAAGUACCCCAAUGAAUAUUCGUGGCAGUCAGACUUGUACAAUAGGCUUUUCGGAUCCGCGCACGACGGCCACUUUGUUGUUUACCCGGAUGCCCUAUCUAGCGCCGUCGAGUGGCAGCGGCCAUUCGCUCUGGUGUCGAUCAGCGAAGAGGGCCCAGAUGGUUCUGCACCGGUAAUCAAGGUGUACGACGAUGUCGUGUCCGGCGUAAAGCCGGCGUCGGCAGUGAAGCUCAUCAACGGAGUUGACGCCGCCACCUACGUCGAGGAUUGGAUCAAUCUGGCUUCUGGUAACCAGGAUGCCGACGCCGCAUACAAUUCUAUGUUCUUCGAGAAAGCCUUCGUCGCCGAGAAUAAGAACCGAGGCUAUUUCCAGACGGGCGGUCGCGUAAGAUACAUCUAUCCCGGCAACAUUACCUCGUUCACCUUCGAAAAUGGAACGGUACUCGACCUACCAAACGUAGCCAGGCUGAAGAAUACCUGGGCAGGUGUUGUUGACGGUCCAUCCUUCUUCAAGACUUUCUGUUCAGGUGCAGAUAUUCAAGCCCUGGCCACUUCGACGACAUCUGCCACUGCUUCAUCUACGACGGCGACACCCGCGGCUACGAGCGCAGUCCCCAUCGUAGGAUACCCCGACCCUGUCAUCAUUUCCGGUGAUUCUUCUAUCUCCGGUUACUUCAUUGACCAGCCCGGCUUUGAAGAUGUGGCGGUUCUAGUCAUGCUCUCUUUUGCGCCCGAAGACGCGGUUGAGUUUCAGCGCGUCGCUCAGGAUUUCUAUGCGGCUGCUGUGAAAGCCGGUAAGAAGAAGCUUGUCGUUGACGUACAGGCAAACGGCGGUGGAUACAUUUUCCUCGGCUACGAUGGUUUCCGUCAACUAUUCCCGGAUAUCGUCCAGGAAGGCCUAGGACGUUGGCGGCAGCACCCUGGGUUUGAGGCUCUGGCUAAGGUGUUUUCUGACAUCUCUGCCGGCUUCGACCCUAAUACUGCCCCUUCCGACAUCAUCAACGCAUAUGAGUCCGUCUUUAAUUGGCGAUAUGACCUCAACAUCACCGACGGAAACUUUACGUCUUACGAAGACAAGUUUGCACUACAGGAAUUUGGCGGUGACACUUACACGAACCUGAUGCAGUGGAACUUCAAUGACCCCCUAAGCACGGUGAACGAUACCUACGGAUUCGGUACCGAUAUCACAGGCUAUGGUAGCCGGCGGAACUUUACGCGCCCCUUCGGUGGACCCGAGAAUGUUGUACUUCUUCUCGAUGGGUAUUGCGCAUCAACAUGCACCUUAUUCGCCGAGUUUCUCAAGGCCAAUGCGGGCGUGAAGAGCAUAGCCAUGGGCGGACGGCCGACCAAGACAGGCCUGAUUCAGGGCGUUGGUGGAGUAAAGGGAUCGCAGAGCUACGGCUUCGCAGACGUUUAUUCGCAGGCUGUAACGGCCCGAAGAUACACGAAUGAUUCCGCUAUUCUCGAGACGCUAGACAAGUAUACGACGUACGUCAGCGAACGCAGCACGGCGGCUAGUCUGAACGUGAAAGACCAGAUCCUCCGUGGUAAUGUCGAGGACGGCAUACCCGCACAAUUCGUCGUCGAGGAAUCAGACUGCCGGCUCUGGUGGACAGCCCCCAUGGUCACCGACAUUACUGAGCAAUGGAAAGCGGCCGCGACGGCGGCUUUCAAGGGUGGAAAGUGUGCGUACGGCGCUAUCAACCCGUCGACAAACGGCACGACAACUAAGAGAGCAACAACAUCUAUUCAAGCUCUUCCGUCCUUUGGCAAGCCGAGAUUCACCGUCCCGACCAAGGUAGGGACCAAGGUCCCGCCUAAGAAGCGGGACGUUGGGCAGAAGAGCUCCGUCUUCAUGGCCAAUCAAUUCAUGAAAGUUGUGGACUAGAGAAGAAAAUUCUAUCCCGGCUAUUACGAUGGUAUAUAGGUACCU